AUGAAAGAGGGGAUAGAGUUGGAGAUUGGGAAAUUGUCUAAAAUUGAAGUUCGGUCUAAGUUGUUGGAGGAAAUUAGAGAAAAACAAGCGGAUGAUGGGUUUAGUAAAGGAAUUGAGCAGCAAUUGAAAGAUGGCAGAGAAUCAGAAUUCAAAUGGGUGAAUGGAAUUUUGAAAUCUAGAGAUAGAGUGUAUGUUCUUCAGGAUAUUGAAUUGAGAAAGAAGAUUUUAGAGAAAGCACAUAGUACUCUUUACACUGCUCAUCCAGGGAGUGUAAAGAUGUAUCAGGAUUUGAGGAAGAGCUAUUGGCGGCCAAGGUUAAAGAAAGAUGUAACUAAGUAUGUUACCAAAUGCUUGGUGUGCCAGCAAGUUAAAGCAGAACAUCAGCGCCUUUCAGGACUGUUGCAGGCCUUUAAUAAGAUCUCCUCUGAUCAGAUAGGCCAAUUAUAUGUCAAAGAAAUAGUAAGAUUACAUGGAGUACGUAGUAGUAUUGUCUCAGACAGGGAUGUAACAUUUAUGUCUGUAUUCUGGAGUAGCAUGCAAAAGGCACUGGGUACUAGGCUUAGUUUCAACACAGCCUAUCAUCAUCAGACAGAUGGACAGACAUAA